AUGCGGGUUACAAACUAUUCGUGUUUUAUACUGCUUAUUAGUGUUGUAAGCCCCUCAAGUGCUGCUAAGCAAAAUAAUGGUCGGAAUAAAACUUCUCUCGUCAUAGGUGGAAGGAAGGUACCACGCGGCGGGGCGCCUUGGCAAGUGUCUAUUAUACAGAACUUCCAUUUAAAAUGUGGCGGCACUUUAUUAACCAACGACGUAGUAUUGACGGCUGCUAGUUGCAUUAAAGAUGUUGAGCCGGCUGAACUUCUAGUGCGUGCUGGUACGACAGCCUUCAAAACUGGAGGAAAAUUGCGAAAAGUUAGAGAGACAGUCUAUCAUCCAAAGUUCGUGGAGAACCGACACUCCUAUAAUAUAGCUCUCUUACAUUUAAAGCGCGCAUUCAACAGCACUAAUAAACUAUUUGGAGAAGUUGAGCUGUUCGAUGCCACAGCACAACCUCCGUCAUCAGUUUACAUAUACGGCUGGGGAUUGUCAAGCAACAAGACGGAUACUUUAAUGACAAAGAACUUACGUUUUACCAAGGCCAAAGUUUAUUCCGAAAAGAAGUGCGCUGAAUAUUUGCUCGAGGAAGAUGACAGUGAUUUGAUAUUUUGUGCUGGAGAUCGCACGAAAAUUUCUGACAUUUGCACCGAUGAUAUGGGCAGUCCAGCGAUAAUAAAUGGCAACAUCCAGUAUGGUAUUGUUUCAGAUGGUGGAGCCUGCUCAGCAACACGAACAACCAUUUUCACUAAUGUUGGCAAACACGCAAGUUGGGUAGAAAGACUAAUAGCAGAGUUCUCGGAUGAGAAUGUAAAUGAAUGA